AUGCAGAAUCUAUUGACAAAGCCCAACGCCACCGACAGCUCGUCCGUCGUCUCAAAUCGUCACCAUGCCUGCCCAAUAACGCCUCCUCAAGACGCAGGCGACGACCGCCACAGAUGUAUUGUCGAUUACCGCCGGGAGCCUUUCUUCGUGACUUGGUGGGGGCCCCCCGUGUAUCCUGACCUCCGCAAGUUUCCUGCCCUCGACUGUGCUCAAGUAUCCCCGGUACCGUUGACUCCGGCCCUUGCUACGAUCUGGAAGGAGUCAGCACCCCUGAGUUACGGUUCACACGCGUCCAUUCGAUCCCACGCGUCCGUUCGAACCUCGGGGCCUAGCCAAUUCCCCAUCUCCAAACUCGCCCAUCCAGACCCACAAUCGCUCGGUCUUAUCGAGUACGAAUUCCGGAGGCUCACUGAUUUGAAGGGUCUAGGCCUACCCAUUCCGGAUAUUGACCCGCAGCCGAUCGUAGACGGGGGGCGCAUCCACGGCUACCGGAUGGGGUUGUUGGGCAAGCUCGAGAGAUGGGAGCUGCAUUCUCGGGAGCAAGACAUCCUCUGCGCCCUUUCGGAGCUCCACGCGGCGGGAUUUUGCCAUGGGGACAUAACACCCGGUAACAUCAUGAAGGGUAGAAACGAUCAGAUUAUACUGAUCGACUUUAGCUUCGCGGGACGGAUAGGGAGCACCGUCCCGCCGUUGAUUCCUGACUGGGUGUAUGCCGGCGGUAUUUUCGCAGCGGAGGAUGACUUGGAAGCAUUCCACGACUUUAUCGCUGGUUGA